GUCCGUUUCAAUCCGGUAAUCCGGUUGGGCGUUGUUACAGCAGCAGCCCCGAGCAGCAUAAUCACGAUGAAUUACGAUUUCGCCGUACGCGUGGCGCUAUUGAUAAGCCUAAUUUCCCUGGUGUGUGGAACCAAACCUGAAAGCAGUAAAAGUAGCAGCAGUGGCGGCAGCAGCAGUAGCAGCAGCCACCAUAAGCAUAGACCCAAAAGGUAUGAUGAGGACGGGCCUUCAGAACAGGUUUACUAUGUUGACCAAAUAGCAUCUGAUUCUGAGAUAUCUCCCUGGACGUCGAAUCGUAUAAUCGCCAAGACCACCGAAAAUGGUAAACAGUCCCAAUAUGUUAUCAACAUCUCGCCGGAAGAUGAAGUUAUCAUCCACGAUGGGGGCGCAUCUGAUCGUACCUCCGACCAGGAGCCGGAUCAGGACCAAUCCCCACAGGACUUUGUUCAGCAAGCGCUACGGCUCCGUGAGCACUACAUGAAGGGAUCCGGCGCAAAAGCAUCCACCCCGGUUCCGGCCAGCUCUUUUGUCGAGUACACGACGACGAAGUACGAUCACUUUGGACCAAGUAAGUCGCCUCCCUCAGCUGCACCGGCCCACCAUAGCAAACCUGUUCCGUCGAAAACUCAUCAUCCUGCACCAGCACAAGUAGCGGCAAUAUCGGGACAUCAAUCGCAACCGGUCAACUAUAGGCCAAAGCACAUCAAACCGAAACCAACUAAAAUUCCAGUGAACACGGUGACACCAUUCAGUGACAUUGAGUUACCAGAGGCCGAAACCACCAGUCCCUUGCGAAAAGAAAAACCCAAGGAUCAACCUAAAUCUCCGAAACAUAAUCCUAUUAAACAACAGGACACACAGGCAUCAACCCUCUACAUUCAGAAAGUGAAACCGAUGGAUGCUGUUUACAGCAGCUACAACACCCAUCACGAAACAGGAAGUAGCUUCAAAGAGUUUCAACAUCUGCCUCUAACUGAUUCAUAUGGGUCAAGUUCUAUUUUGAAUGUUCAGAAAGUUAAACCUCCAACCAAUCAACGGCCCAUUUUCCAUCAUGAAGAGAACAAAGGCUACCACGAGAAAAAGCACAAACACAAGCAUAUAUCAUCCGAAGAGAUUCGUUAUAAACCAAAGCACAAGACGCAUAAUCACCAUCAUCAAAUAGAGCAAGCGGCUGAGUUUUACCCAGAAAAAAUUCGCCACACUGUCGAACGACAGCCAGCGAAGAUUAUUGAAGAGUCCUCCGCUGAUCCCUUUGAAAAGUAUUAUCUGCCAAAAGCAACUGUCAAAGAGGUAAAACUAGAACCAGAAGCUGUUCCGUCUGUUGAAUCUUACAGGUAUCAACCUCCCAAGAGUUAUCCACCGGAAGAGGCCAGCAAGUUCAAGUUCACCAAAGAAAUACCCAGCACUGCUGAACCAUACAAGCCAUACCACCACGUUCGCACAUAUACAGAAGAUAAACAUGUCAUCAAAGAAGAAUCUGUCCGACAUCAACCAUCACCUCGACCUCACCACUACGAAUUCUCAAAUCCCUCUCCAAAGCCACACCAUGUUGAAAGGCCUAGUUCGAAACCAAAAUAUAAUGACUAUGUAUCCAAAGAUGACAACUACCCUCAAUCGUUUCUGAAGGCUCAUCAUAUGGAAAUCACAAAACACGAACCAUACAAACCAUCGUGGCCGAAGGUUGAAGAGUUUGCCAACAAACAUCCAGAAGUCGUUAAAAUCGGACCUACGCUUCCGCCGAAAUAUUACGAGGAGCCUUCACCAGCACCCAGCUAUGCCAAAGUCACUACCUAUCCCACCAAAUCAGCAUCGAAUUCUCAACAAGUCUACCAUCGGGUAAAAUCACAACAACCAGGAGAUCCAUACAAGCUGAAACCGAGCCCCACCCCCGAGAUUACUAUCGCAAGUCAUGGAUUUCAAAAACCCACCGCACCAAACUUCCCCAAGUACAUCCCAACCAAAAUGCCAGAGCUCGAGGACCCUAAAGCAAGUUUUAGUCACUCCUACCCAUCGGCAGAAUCCCUGUCCAACUUCAUUCCAUCGUCUACUCAGGAAUCUUAUAGUGCUUCGCCUGAGUACCCCAAGGUAUUCUCCUUGGCACCGACCACAUACACCCCAAAAUACUCCAUAUCACCCACUCCAGACACAUUUGACUUUCCACACAUGAGCGAAGCUCCCAAAUCCUUCUCAAAGUACAGUGAGCCAACUCCUUCCACCAAGGUCUACGGUACCAUCGUUCCAUCCGAGCAGCCAUUCAAAACCCUCAGCACCAAAAUCUACAUGAAACCAUCACCAACGGAACUUUCAUUUCCCGAGCUGAAGGAAACCUCCAUGAAAUCGCUUCAAAACCGUACCACAUCCGUCGAGUUCUCGCCAUCCCCCACCGAAGAUCCUCAAACAGAAUACUACACCAAUCCGGAGCACACGACUUAUUACGUUUUCGCAAAUGGAACGGAAAUUAAAUUGGGCAACGAUCCAUCUAAAAUUCCUCCGGAAUUUCGUGUCACCCCCGGAGAUGCAUCGUUCUUCAGUUCCAACUAUUCAACCAAGUUGGCCGAAGAUUUCGCCAUGAAGUUCAACUGGGAUAGCAUUCCGUCGUCCACGAGAGAUUCGGAUUUCUUUCUUAGUCCAGAGUCCGCUGUGAAAGAAGGUAGAAUUAAAUUGCAGAAGUCAAAACCACCAUUGAAGUUCUCAAAGUCCUUGAAACCAAUUAAGACGGUCACCAUUUAUAGGAACACACAUCGCUCUGCUGAUGACACGGAAAUGGAAGGUGGAUUCGAACCAUCCGACCAUUAUUUCAAGCAAGGCGCAGAUGUUCCACAGAUAAGCGACAAGCGCGGUGAGGUGACCGAUGACGAUGAGGAUUUCUUCUUUGCCAACGGGGAAGUGAUUCUUCAGGAUGAUCCUAACAAAGCGACUAAGAAGAAUGCAAUCUUCCUUCCACAGGGUUUGAAUAACCCUCAGGUGAUGCUGAAGCUGGCGCAACAACAACAACAAUUGCAGCAGCAACAACUGCAACAGCAGCAAUUGCAUCAACAACAACUACAGCACCAGCAGCUACAACAACAACAGCUGCACCACCAGAAACAGCCUCAACAACUACCUUUGCAACAACAGCAAGUACCUAUCCCAGAUCAGCAAGUGCCAGACAUGGACAUGAGUGCUGAACCAUCGAAAAAGCAUCAAUACUUUGUACUGUACCACAUCGAAGAUAACAAAAAGAAACCAAGGCCAACGCCACCAACGACCACUCUAGCACCAACUCCUCCUCCAGUCAAACAGGAGAUUCACUAUCAUUACAGUGAAAAGGAAAAUGAAGAUCCGGAGGUAACACACGAACAUUACAACUAUCAUCAUGAAGAAACGAUCGAGGAUUUGGAUGAUGACGUUCAGCAUCACUACAUCAAUCCGAAUGCUGGAAAGCUUAACUUUCGUCCAAAUAUCGCACAUCCGUCCUUCAAGUACAAAGACAACGCUUUAGCAGGAAGUGAGACUUCGGUAAGAGUUGUAGAUCCAGAUUUCAAACAGGUACGUCCAAUGGAGAUAACCAAACAGGAAUACAUGAGGCACGUUCAAAAUACUGUGCUGAAGUACAUGAAACAGCUACAGGACGAAGGACGUCUACCGGUGGUAAGUCCAGACACAGAUGAGACGCAAAAAACUUUUGAGGAAUUAGAUAUCGAGGCAUUGUUGAACGGCAAUAAUCCAAAACAUAAGUUCCAGCUGAAUCCAUCUGUUAAGCCGGCAAAUCUUCCGAUGAAUCCAAGCCAAUACAAACCUAUGAAGACGGUUCCAAGUUCCAGCUCCUACAAAUCAGUAGCAAACAUGAAAAUCCCAAAGAACACCUAUCCAGCGGGAAAACCACUAAAAUCAGCUAUCGAAACCCUUCAAGAACAACUUGGCAACAGUGUGGAUCUCACCAUAAAAGGUACGAAAGCUCCCUUCAAACCAGACCUGUCAGCAAUCGAUGUCGGCCAAUCGUAUUUGCACGGCCCAACCUACGAUCCGCCUUCCCCGAUCAAAAGUCUCACGGCCAGUUUUGACGGUCCGCCUGUGGUGAAAAUCCCAGCGCAAAAGAACAAACUUCACUUCAACCAACAAACGUACCAUGACAUCAACUCGCUGACAAACUUGAAGGACAGCCACAGCUUGAAGUCCUCAUCGCCGUACUCUUCGAUCAAGGGUGGCUCCGCCAACGUCGGUGCCUCGAUCAGUUUCGGUGGUACCAACAAGGUGGCCACGAGUCAUCCUGAUGACAUCAAGCUGGGCCCGGAAGCGCUCGAUGCACCGAUCCAAAUUAUCAACGGUAUCCCGGUGACGAAUCCCUACAAUAUCGAUAUGAAUACGUUGAGAUAUAUGUUGGGAGGCUUAGCCCAAGCACAAGCAGAGCAGAACCAGGCACCAAUCAAACAACAAGAACCCACUCUCAAGUUGAAGGGAUCCAACUGGAUGUCCCUUCCGACGAUGGCUAGUCCUUCGCAGAUCUUCAACUCCAACAUGCAGACCUUCCACCAUGGUCCUUCUGAGGCGAAUAAUUACAAAUAUAACGCCAAUUUCGACAGCAGUAACUUCAAAAUCAAGAUGCCUCAGAAGAUGAAGGAUUUCUCCAAAGCCAAACCGGUGGGGAUCGACUCGAUCGGUAGCACAUCGAUGAACUACGCAUCUUGGGGUGAGCCUCCGCGGCAGAAUCGCCAGCUUGGUCAUUUCCAACAACAACAACAACAACAACAUCAGCACCAUCACUAUCACCCGCAGCUACAGCAGCAGCAACAGCUGGGACGACCCAAUCGGGAGUUCAACCCGGAAGUGUUUCUGAAUCCCCAGGGACAGUACAUGGGUCCCGUUAUGAAGAAAAAGAACGGACCGGUGGAUCGGAACAGUGCGCCCAGUAAACCACCAGUGCCAGCAACCAAGCCCAAGACCAGCUUGGAUACAAAUCUGAGGCCCCCGCCACCGGCAUAGGGAUAGUUGUUCAAAUUGGGAGGGAGGUUGUGAAGAGUUUCGAAAGCAGUUCUGGAGGUGAGCGGAACUGAAGGGUGUGCGUUCUAGAGAAUAAUAAGAUCCCAUUCGUAGGCGGUCUUUUGAUAUGUAGAUAUAAUAGUUAGGAUUGUAAUAUUUAAAAUUGUGGUUAUUGAUAAAGGUAUCAUGACGUGCGGAUCGAUAUAUAUUUUGGGAUGAUUUCGAAUCGGUUUGGUCAAAUCAGAAAUGUCGAUUUGCACUAAAUUAUGUCUUUAUUUGGAGACUGUUUUCGUUAAAAAAAAUCAGUCCCAAUAUCAUCGGUUUAGAAGUUAUGAAUGCUUAUGAGUAAGACCUUCUCGAGCCUGUUAUCUCAAUCUGAUGAUACAAAUUUUAGCUGUUAUUUAUAAACCCAUUACUGAUAAUUUAUUGAAGUUCUUUUAACUACUGUUGUAUAAUGUUAGGACUACGCACAUAAACAGGCCGCUUUGGACCACACAAUCAGAAUCUAUCGAAAUAAAAAGAGACUUCCCAAGUAUUAUGAAA